GAAGCACGUUGACAUCAGCUGUUGAAUAAACGAACUGAUUUGAUAACAAUUUUGCUACCGCCCGAGAAAAUUUUAAUACUUUUAUUUUGAAAAGCUAAGAGAAAAUCCUGUAAGAAGCGUGUGAAAUGGUGUGCAACAAACAGCUCUUCCAAACAGUAUUAAAUACAUGUAAUCGAUUUCAUGGAUUGACAAGCCUGCGUUAUAGUUCCAGCGCCAACUCCACCAUCAGUCCUGCGCUAGUGAAACGCAAUGAACUCUUCACUCAAGAACAACGCCGACAAAAAGAAGCGAUUGGAAGAGUGGAAAAAAUUGAAGUGCGUUAUCUUGGACUGCCUCAGGAUGUAACUCUAGCUAUGAAUUCUUAUUUAUCGACUCCAUAUAAUUGCGCACAGCAUUUAAGUGAAGGUCAUUGCAAACGUUCCGCCUUAGCGCUCGUCGAUGGGAACGUGCCAUGGGAUAUGCAUCGGCCGCUGACUGAAACCUGCACGCUGCAGUUGUUAAAUUUUACCGUUGCGGAUCCUCAUUUGGUAAAUAAAGCGUUCUGGCGCACAUGCAGUUUCAUGUUGGGUGCCGCGCUGCAAAAUUGUUUUACUGAUGAAGCCCAAUUGGAAUUACACAGCUUCCCUACCCCAAACAUCAAAUCUGGCAGUUUUGUUUACGAUAUAGUGCUACGUGCACAAGCCUGGCAGCCGAGUAAAGCAGAAUUACGUGCCCUAUCCGCUGAAAUGGUAAAAUUAGCUGCAAGGGAUCUGAAACUUGAACGUCUCGAUGUAAAUAGUGAACUUGCAUUGGAAAUGUUUGCCGAUUCACGUUGCAAGCGUGAGCAAUUGCCCAGCAUUGCCCAACAGAAUCAGGGACGUGUUACACUCUAUCGCAUGGGCACACAUAUAGAUAUAUCGCGUGGUCCUAUGGUUGCCUCUUCACGUUUCGUUGGCAAAUGUACAGUCGCCGCAGCGCAUAAGAUCGCCAAUGAGGGCGAUAAUAAUGCAUUGUAUCGUAUACAGGGUGUUGGUUUGCCAGCUGGUUUUACGUUACAUCAUAUAGCGUACGGCACAUUGGAGGAACGUGCAAGAAAAAUGAAUCCUGCACGCUUGCCCAAUGAGCCUUUCGAAGAAUCGCUUCAGCACAUAGCUUAAACGGAAAGAAUAUUUGUUUAACCGAAAACCAUUUCUGUUUGUUUUAUAUUUUAAAUGAAAAUAAAUAAAUGUAAACUA